AUGAAGGAGGAGUUUCUGGAUCUCUUUCACUGGGGGACUUCUGCAGAAGACCAAGAAGAGGAAGAGAAGGAAAUUAUUUAUGAGGAACUUUCUAUGAUAUACAGAUCUUGUCCCAAGUAUGACAUUAAAAUUGUUAUGAGAGAUAUGAAUGCUAAAUUGGGUAAAGAGGAUGAAUUUAGACCAACAAUUAAAAAGCAUGGCUUAUAUGAUGGUACUAAUGACAAUGGACAAAGUCUACUACUUUUUGCUGCUGAACACAACAUGAUAGUUUCAAGCACUGUGUUCAGCCACAAGAAAAUACAUAAGAUAACUUGGCGCUCACCUGAUGGAGAAACCUGGAAUCAAAUUGAUCAUGUACUCAUCGAUUCUAGGCAUUCUUCGGAUAUCCAGGAUGUUACAACUUAUCGAGGCGCCACCUGUGAUUCCGACCACUUUUUGGUUAUUGCUAAAUUAAUUGCUAAAAUUUUAAACGCCCGAAAGAUACAGGGAAAGUGGAAAAAAAAGUUUGAUUGUGAAAAGCUGAAAAAUGAGGCAAUUGAACGAAGUUUCCAGUCCUCACUCAGGGGAGAAUAA